AUGGGGUCCAGGUUGAUGUGGACUUUGCUCGUCCUGUCAGUGGUCUGGGCUGCAAGGGGAGAGGACACAUCAGGGACCCGGGGUCCAGAUGGGGACAUCCCGGAGGGCGCGUCCACGCUGGCGUUUGUCUUUGAUGUGACCGGCUCCAUGUACGACGACCUGGUCCAGGUCAUCGAGGGAGCGUCCAAGAUUUUAGAGACAUCCCUGAGCAGACCGAAGAGACCUCUGUUUAACUUUGCUCUGGUGCCCUUCCAUGACCCAGAGAUUGGACCGGUGACAAUCACAACAGACCCAAAGAAGUUCCAGCAGGAGCUGAGGGAGCUGUACGUUCAGGGUGGGGGUGAUUGUCCAGAGAUGAGCAUUGGUGCCAUUAAAAUAGCUUUGGAGAUCUCCUUGCCAGGAUCCUUUAUCUACGUCUUCACAGACGCCCGUUCUAAAGAUUACAAGCUGACCCACGAUGUCCUGCAGCUCAUUCAGCAGAAACAGUCACAGGUGGUGUUUGUGUUGACGGGUGACUGCGAUGACAGGAAUCACGUCGGUUACAAGGUUUAUGAGGAAAUUGCCUCUACGAGCUCUGGACAAGUCUUCCAUCUGGACAAGAAACAGGUCAAUGAGGUUCUUAAAUGGGUAGAAGAGGCGGUGCAGUCCUCCAAGGUCAACCUGCUCUCCACAGAUCAUUUCAGUUCAGUCAGCAACACUUGGCAGAUGCCCUUUGACCCCAGCCUUAAGGAAGUUACUGUGGCUCUCAGUGGCCCAGCACCUGAAAUUGAGAUACAAAAUCCCCAGGGAAAGUUUGUGGGGACGAACGAGGGCCUGACUGAGCUCUUGCACAUUCCCAACUCUGCCAAAGUUGUCAACAUCAAGGACCCACAGCCGGGGGUGUGGUCUAUUAAGACUUCUAGUCAAGGACGGCACUCCAUCCGGAUCUCUGGCCUCAGCACCAUUGACUUCAGAGCUGGCUUUUCCAGAAAACCCACCUUGGAUUUUAAAAUGACAUCAAGCAGACCAGUCCAAGGUAUCCCGACUCACAUCCUUCUGAACACCACUGGGCUUUCCCCUCCUGCUCGGCCUGACAGGCUGGAGCUCCUCGCAAUCACAGGCGAGGUUAUCAAAACGUUACCGAUCCGGUACUACCCUGAGCAUCAGCCAUACAACCUCUGGAACCUCACGGAGUUCAUCCCACCCAACGAGGCUUUCUUUCUGCGGGUUACAGGAUAUGAUCAGGAUGGUUACGUAUUCCAGCGAGUCUCUAGCGUUUCUUUCUCCAGUAUUAUACCAACUGCACCUAAAGUGAUCAUGCCAGCCACCACUAAUGGUUACUACCUCCAGAGAGGGACUGUCAGAUGUGAAGUAGAGAGUUUGAUACCCUUUACUCUGCGCUUUAGUAGAGAUGGAAGGCGACUUGGGGAAGACCAACUCUUCAGUGAGUCUGAUAGUGCAACAUGGGAAAUUGACCAGGUAACUCUGAAGGAUGAGGGCUACUACGAAUGCAUCGCCAUCAGCAGCGGAGGAACAGGACGAGCUCGUACUUUUCUGGACGUGUCAGAGCCUCCUCCAGUGAUCACAGUUGAAGGGAACGUCACCGUCUCACCUGGCUCGCAUGCCGUCCUCACCUGCCACGUUAUCAGCACCGUCACAUUCAACCUAACCUGGCUGCGAGGAGGCCUCAAUGCCCGCCUGAACCCACGGGUGAACAUCCUGGCUAAUCUUUCACUACAUGUGUCAGGUGUGACCCCGGACCACGCCGGCUGGUACGAGUGCAUUGCUGCAAAUGAAGGAGGCGUGACUGCUGAGCGGCUCUAUCUCACAGUACAAGAGGUUCCCAGGGUGUCAGUGGAGCCACAGAAUCAGAACUUCAUGACAGGAGAUGAUGUGAGGAUUCGGUGUUCAGCCAUGGGCUAUCCUCCACCACUACUAGUUUGGACCCACAAUGAUAUGUUCAUCACAGCCUCCAGCAGACACAGGAUGGCUCCUGAUGGCACUUUGUUUAUAAGAAACACGAAGAAGAAGGAUAGAGGAGUCUACGCCUGCUUGGCCAGCAACCAGGCAGGAACUGACUCAGCGAGCUCCAGCCUGACCUACAUAGAAUCUCCUGUAGUGAAAGUAGCAUCAAUUGAGAUUCUCACAAACAUCGGAGAGUCCACUGUGAUGUCCUGUUCAGCAUCUGGGAUCCCUCAGCCUGAGAUCAGGUGGUACAUAGGGAACACACAGCUCCAUUCCUCGUCCCUCCUGGAGGUGGACAGAGUGGGAGGAACUCUUACCAUAAAGCAAACCCAGAUUGAUGAUGCAGGAGAUUAUACCUGCGUAGCUGUUAAUGCUGCCGGCACCUCAUCAGGGAAGAUCUCCCUUGAUGUCGGAGCUGUGCCCAAGUUCACCCAAGAGCCAUCAGAUGUGGCGGUGGACAUUGGCUCCAAUGUGACCCUGCCCUGUCAUGUCCAUGGAUACCCUGAACCUCAGAUCACCUGGAGGAGAGAGGACGGCUCCACUCUUUUCACCAGGCCACGCUUACAUGGCAGCAUUUCACAGAGGAAAGGAGAUCUACAUAUUAUUUCUCUUUGGGUGGAGGAUGAGGCGGUGUACAUCUGUGAGGCACAAAACCGCUUUGGUAGGAUCCAAACUCAGGCCAGCAUCACUGUAACUGGACUUGUUAAACCCAUCAUUGCAAUGAGUCCAGCUGUGCUGAGUGUGGUUGAGGAUCAGCAGCUCACGCUUCCAUGUGUACUGUUGGCUGGGAAUCCUCUUCCUGACAGACGAUGGCUGCACAACUACGGCUUGGUGACUCCAGACCAAUAUUUAACAGUGAGGAAGGAUGGCAGUCUGCAUAUCGAGAGAGUUCGUCUUGAUGAUGAUGGCGACUACACCUGUUUGGCUGAGAAUGUUUUUGGGGCCACGAACCAAACGACCACUGUCAACGUUUAUGUGAUUCCAACUAUUCAACAUGGCCCUCAAGUAUUCAGCUCAAUUGAAGGAACAGCCAUAAAUCUGCCUUGCCAUGCCAGUGGAAUACCAAGUCCAGAAAUUACUUGGGCAAAGGGUGGGGAGCUCCUGAACCUGGGUGGUCCAGCUUUCUCCUUGGAUUCUGAUGGCAGCCUCCUCAUCACUUCUCCCUCUGGAAAAGAGACGGGAGAGUUUGUCUGCACAGCGACCAACGCAGCUGGCUAUGCAGUCAGGAAGGUUCAGCUCACAGUCUACGUCCGACCCAGAUUCAGUGUUGGUGGUACUGGAGGCUCAUCAGAGCCUGUAAGGAUGUCAGUGAUUGAGGAAGAGGAUGUUGUUUUGUCUUGUGAGGUCCACAGUGUCCCACCUCCAACCAUCAGCUGGGCAAAAGAAAAGCAGCUCAUCUCUCCAUUUUCUUCCAGACAUCUGCAGCUUCCCUCUGGGUCUUUGAAGAUCAUGGCAACCAGAGCCUCUGACAGUGGACUUUAUGUUUGCGUUGCCUCCAAUAUUGCUGGUAACCUGACACAGUUCGUUGACCUGAGUGUUUUAGUGCCCCCUAAAAUCCAGCCUGGCCCCAGAGUGGUUAAGGUUCAAGUGGGUCACCAGUUGGAGUUAGCGUGUGCUGCGACAGGAUUUCCAAAACCGACUCUGACCUGGAUUAAAGAUGGUAAAAUGUACUCUGUGUCACCUGAUGGCAGCUUGAAACUGAGGAAAGUCGGACUGGAUGAUGAAGGGACCUUCACAUGCACAGCCACCAACACUGCAGGCAGAGACGAGGCCCAACUUAAAGUUCUAGUACAAGUACCUCCUGUUGUUGAAGUUCUGGAGCCCCCCUUCAACAGCCCCCUGCAGGAGAGAGUUGCAAACCAGCGUAUUGCCUUCCCCUGCCCGGCUAAAGGUCUACCCAAGCCAGUGAUUCGUUGGUUGCGAAAUGGCGAGGAGCUGACGGGUAAUGAGCCUGGUGUGUCCAUCUUGGAGGAUGGCACGCUGCUUAUUCUCUCCUCUGUCUCACCUCUGGAUGAUGGUGAGUACAUCUGUACUGCUGCAAAUGAUGUUGGAUCCACUGAGAAAAAGUACCAGCUCAAAGUCAAUGUACCCCCAGAUUUGCGUGACAAUGACACUCCCGGUAACCUAUCAGUGGUCCUGGAUCAGCCCAUCAGCCUGCUGUGUGACGUCACAGGAAGUCCAACCCCUGUCAUCACCUGGUAUAAAGAUGGGAGAACUGUGUUUACCAGUAACAGCAUCCAGGUUCUGGAUUUGGGAAAGACCCUGAAAUUACUGAAAGCAGAAAGACCAGAUGCAGGCAGCUACAGCUGUAAAGCCUUCAACAUUGCAGGAAGCACAGAGAAAAAUGUUGUUUUACAUGUGCUGGUCCCGCCAACGUUUGUGGGAUCUGCCUCUCCUCAGGAUGUUUCAGCAAUUCUUAAACAAGAGGUCACUUUUGUGUGCAAAGUGGAAGGGUUGCCUUUUCCCACAAUUCAAUGGUACAAAGACAGAAAGCCAAUGUUUCUUGCAGACCCAAAUCUGGAAGUCAGCAACCAAGGUCAGUUUUUGAGGAUAAAAAGUGCUCGUCUUGGAGAUCAGGCUCAGUAUCAGUGUAGUGUCACUAAUACAGCUGGAAAACAGUCCAAGGAUUUCAACCUUAGCGUCUACAUUCCCCCCUCCAUCAUAGGAGGCAACUUUACCACAGAGGUGACGGCACUGCUGGACACAAUGGUGAAACUGGAGUGUGAAGCUCGUGGAGUGCCUAUCCCCACCAUCACCUGGUACCGAAAGGGAGAUGCAAUUUUUUCCAGCCGACGGGCUCAGUAUGUAGAACAGGGUCAUUACCUGAAGAUCCCUCGGGCGCAGGCAUCUGACGCCGGUCAGUACACCUGCAAGGUGACCAACGCGGCGGGAAGCACUGAGAAGCGCUAUGAGCUGGACGUCUAUGUACCUCCAACUAUUACUGGAGGGGAUGAUGGGCCCACUGAGAAGAAAGUGGUCCUCACUAAAAAUCUGAUCCUGGAGUGUGAGGCAACAGGACACCCUCCACCUUCUCUUACCUGGCUGAAAGAUGGAUUCCCUGUGCGUCAUGGAGAUGGUGUUCAUGUACUUGAGCAGGGAAGGAAAAUAGAAAUCCUGUCAGCCGCCAUCUCUGACUCAGGACGCUACAUCUGCGUGGCUACGAGCAUCGCUGGAGAAAAGGAGGUCAAAUAUGAUGUCAGAGUUUUAGUUCCUCCUGUCAUUGAGGGAUCUGAUGAGGUGACGCUCAGCACAGUUUUAGUCAACAGCCCUUUGGAGCUUGAGUGUCACACCACAGGGACACCUGCACCUGUCAUCAUCUGGUAUAAGGAUGGGAAACCUCUCAGGCAGGGGGAAGGGUUGCGGAUUGCAGUGAGCGGGAGACGACUGGUUGUUUCCCGUGCUCAGGUUUCUGACUCAACUCGUUUUCAGUGCGUGGCCACUAAUGAAGCAGGAGAACAUGAGAAGAACUUCAGUGUUGUCGUACAAGUUCCUCCAACCAUCCGAGGGACCGGGUCUCCCGAGCGCUCAGUGGUGCUUCAGAAGUCCAUCAGUUUGGAGUGCAUCUCCAGUGGCAUCCCUCCACCCAGCAUCACCUGGAUUAAAGAUGGCCGACCUGUGGACACAACAAAGGAGCACCUCAAGCUGCAUUCAGGAGGAAGGACACUAAAGAUCACAGAAGCAAGACUGGAGGAUUCUGGGAAAUACACCUGCCUGGCCACAAAUGCAGCUGGUGAAGCCAAACAGCACAUCCGACUGAGCGUUCAUGAGCCUCCCAGCAUCUCCUCCUCUGGAGAUAUCAUCAAUCGAACCAUCCUGUCGGGCUUUUCUAGUCUGUUGGAGUGCAAGGCCACAGGAAGACCUUUACCUGCGAUCACAUGGUACAAAGAUGGCCGCCCUCUGGUCAGUGCAGCUGGCCUGUUGAUCCUGAAGCGCGGCCAAGUGCUGGAGAUUGAACAGGCUCAGACGUCUGACGCUGGAAUGUACAGAUGUGUAGCCGUCAACCUGGCUGGAGUUGCAGAGAUACUUUACAGCCUGCAAGUGUUUGUACCUCCAGUCAUUUCUAGCCGAGGUGGUACAGUUACAGUUGUGGUGAACGAGGCUGCCAAGUUGGAGUGUGAGGCCUCCGGAGUUCCUACGCCCAGUCUGACAUGGUUAAAAGAUGGCAGCCCUGUGGCAAGCAUUUCACAUGGCAUACAGGUGCUGUCUGGUGGCAGAAUCUUGUCUCUGACUAGCGCUCAGGUCAGUGACACUGGCAGGUACACUUGUGUGGCAGUGAAUGCUGGAGGAGAACAACACAAAGAAUACGAUCUGAAAGUUUAUGUGCCCCCGAACAUCAAGGGUGAGGAAGUGAAUGCUACAGUGAUGCUCGGUCUCCUAGUGGAGCUGCACUGCCAGAGCGACGCAGUCCCUCCGCCUGCCCUCUCCUGGCGCAAAGAUGGCCGACCUCUCUUUCGGAAACCUGGUCUGACUGUUUCUGCAGAUGGUAGUUUAAUCAAGGUCGACAGCGUUCAGGUGCAGGACUCAGGAAGGUAUACUUGUGAAGCUACCAAUGUUGCAGGAAAAACAGAGAAGAACUUCAACGUCAUUGUUUGGGUUCCUCCUGUUAUCCGUGGCGCAGAGGAGGUGUCUCCUCUGACAGUGAUUGAAGGAGGUUUCAUCACUUUGGUGUGUGAGUCCAGUGGUAUUCCGCCUCCCAGCCUUACAUGGGUGAAGGACGGUCAUGACCUGAAGUCAGACCAGCGGCUCAGGGUUUUGUCAGGAGGCCGACAGCUGCAGAUUUCCAGUGCUGAGAGAACAGAUACUGGCUCCUACACCUGCACAGCCUCCAGCGAUAGCGGCACCACCUCUAAGGAUUACAGACUGCAGGUUUAUGUUCGCCCUUCCAUCAGACAUGGCAAGGAUGACACGGAUGCUGUUACAGUGACUAAGGGAGGUGAUGUGACCCUACGCUGCACUGCAGAGGGCAUACCUCGACCUGCAGUCACAUGGCUGAAGGAUGGACGCCCCAUAACAGAUCCGCAUGGAGCAAAAGUCCUUAAUGAGGGGAGUUUGCUGCAGAUUAAAGAUGCUAAAUUAUCCGACACAGGGCGGUACACCUGUUUUGCUGUUAAUGUGGCAGGACAGUCCGAGAGCAAACACGACAUCAAUGUACAUGUCCCUCCAACUAUAACAGGCCUGCUGCAGUUUCCAGAAAAUGUAAGUGUUGCGGUGAAGAACCCAGUUGCUCUGAACUGCGAGGCUUCUGGAAUCCCUCUUCCUGCUGUCUCCUGGCUGAAGGAUGGUCAGCCAGUCAGGACAACUAGUUCGGUUCGCAUCCUCUCAGGGGGGCGGAGUCUCCGUCUGUUGCAUGCAGCAGUGGAGGAUGCUGGAAAGUAUACUUGUGUUGUCUCUAACAGUGCCGGAGAAGAGAGGAAGAACUUUGACCUGGAUAUUCUAGUUCCACCGAGGAUUGUGGAGGAGGGAACAGUAGUGGACACUAAAGUAAAGGAGAAGCACAACUUGACUCUCACCUGUGAGGCAUCAGGUAACCCAGUCCCAGAUAUUAAAUGGCUGAAGGACGGACAACCGUUGGUGUCUGACAAGCACCACCAGAUUGUGUCUUAUGGUCGUUUUCUCCAAAUCUUUGAGGCCCAAGUUGCAGACACAGGGAGGUACAGCUGCAUGGCCUCUAACAGUGCAGGAGACCGCAGCAGGCAUUACAACCUCAACGUUCUGGUUUCUCCCACCAUUGCUGGGUCAGGCCCUGAUAUUUCUGCAGAGGAAGUUACAGUAACCCUGAGCAGUCCCACCUCUCUGGUGUGUGAAGUCCAGUCCUACCCGCCUGCUCGGGUCACAUGGCUCAAAGAUGGCACUCCAUUUGAAUCCACUCGCAGUGUUCGAGUUCUUCCAGGUGGGCGAACACUGCAGAUUCUUAAUGCUAAGAAGGAAGAUGCAGGGAGGUACACAUGUGUGGCUACAAAUGAGGCUGGGGAGACGCUAAAGCACUAUGAGGUUAAAGUUCAUGUUCCUCCACAGAUCAACAAGAAUGAUAUCCCUGGAGAGGGGCUGGCCCCUAAAGAGGUGAAGAUCAAGAUUAACAGCACACUCACCCUGGAGUGUGAAGCUCAGGCCUUUCCUGCUCCAGCGCUGCAGUGGUUUAAAGAUGGACAGAUCCUGAGAGCAGAUGACCACGUGUCCGUCACAGCCAAUGGUCGCAUUGUUCAGAUCAAGCAUGCUCAAGUGUCGGACACCGGCCGCUACACCUGUGUCGCCACUAACAUAGCUGGAGCAGAUGAGAAGGACUUUGAUGUAAAUAUACAAGUUCCACCAAAUUUCAGCAGACCUGAUGGAGCUGGUGACACCAUAUCGGUUCCAGGCUUUGGUGGCGAUGUUCGGGAUGUAAUCGUUAACAAUCCCAUCUCACUGUACUGUGAGACAAAUGCUGUUCCCUCUCCAACACUCACCUGGUACAAAGAUGGACAACUGCUUGCCUCUAAUGACAAAGUUUUAAUCCUACCAGGCGGACGAAUGUUGCAGAUCCCCAGAGCCCAGCUUGAACACUCUGGCAGGUACACUUGUGUGGCCAUCAAUGAAGCAGGGGAGGACUCUAUCUACUAUGAUGUUAGAGUGCAGAUACCUCCAAGCAUACGAGGAACAGACAGUGAUGUGCCUGAGGAAGUUAUCGUCCUGAUCAACAAAACUACCCAAUUGGACUGCCAUGCAGAUGGAAACCCCACCCCUCAGAUCACCUGGUUUAAAGAUGGACAGCUGAUCAAUUCUCAUGGUCCACAUAAAAUGUUGUUCAAUGGGCGGAUGCUUCAGGUGUUGACUGCACAGGUCUCUGACACAGGACGCUAUGUAUGUGCGGCUAAAAAUGUUGCUGGAAGUGCAGAAAAACAUUUUAAUCUUAAUGUUCAUGUGCCUCCGACCAUUGUUGGUGUGAGUCCUGAAAACGUGACAGUAGUGGUGAACAACUUUGUGUCCCUCUCUUGUGAAGCUACUGGUUUCCCUCCUCCCACACUGAGCUGGCUAAAUUCCAGGGGCCCCAUUCAAGCCAAAACUAAUGCUCUCAUUGUACCAGGUGGUCGCACUUUACAGAUUCUUAAAGCAAAACUAUCUGAUGGGGGGAAGUACAGCUGUGUGGCCAUCAAUGCAGCAGGAGAAGCUUACAAACACAUCCAUCUAACAGUGUUUGUCCCUCCAAGUAUUCGAGGCAACAGCAGAGACUCUCCUGUGGAAAUGAAUGGGCUUGUUGGUAAAUCAGUAACCUUGGAGUGUGAAUCCAACGCUGUCCCUCCUCCCGUCAUCGCCUGGUACAAGAACGGCAGAGCAGUGACAGAAUCUGCAAAUCUGGAAAUUCUGGCAGAAGGGCAGAUCCUAAAGAUUAAACACUCUGAGGUAUCUGAUACUGGUCAGUUUGUUUGCAUGGCAUCAAAUGUUGCUGGCCAAGUGAACAAGAACUUCUACUUGAACAUCCAUGUUCCCCCCAGUAUUGAUGGCCCAGCAGAGGAAAAUGUUGUGGAAACCAUCAGCAAUCCAGUUGCUUUCUCAUGUGAUGCUGCUGGAAUUCCUCCCCCCAGCCUCAUUUGGCUGAAAAAUGGACAUAAUUUCAUAUUCCCCUUAGAGAACUCAGAGUCUCUGGAGAUGCACAUCUUCUCAGGAGGAACCAAACUACAGUUUGCACUGUUGCAGCUUUCUGACAGUGGAACAUACACAUGUGUAGCAUCUAACAGGGAGGGAGAAGCGCACAAGAGUUACCACCUCACUAUACAAGUCCCACCGAGUAUUUCUGGAUCAGACAUGCCUGGUGAGAUGGGCGUACUUGUAAACAAAAGCAUCCAGUUGGUCUGUCAAGCUCAGGGAACCCCAACUCCAACCAUAAAGUGGUUAAAAGAUGGAGAGGCCAUCAGCAAUGCCGGAAUGAAAGGGCUCAGGGUCAGUCCAAACGGUGACACACUUACUGUGACCCAGGCUGAUCCUGCCCACAGUGGCAAGUAUACUUGUGUGGCCACCAAUGCAGCUGGAGAGGAGGACAGAAUAUUUAAUUUGAAUGUGUAUGUUCCUCCGGUCAUUCUUGGGAACAGUGAGGCUUUUGAGGAUCUGACUGCAGUUCUGGAGAGCUCUGUCAGUAUGAAGUGUGCUGCUACAGGAUAUCCUCUGCCGCAGCUCAACUGGCUGAGGAAUGGCCUUCCCCUGCCAGUCUCCUCCAACGUACGACUUCUGUCUGCAGGACAGAUGCUCCGGAUUACACGGAUCCAGGUGUCUGACAGUGGAAGCUACACCUGUGUCGCAUCAAACAGGGCAGGAGUGGAUAACAGACAUUAUAAUCUACAGGUGCAGGUUCCUCCUGGUCUGGAUGGAGCAGGAACUACAGAAGAAGUGACUGUAAUCAAAGGAAAUGUGGCUUCUUUGCGGUGUAUUGCUAAUGGGUCCCCAUCCCCUAACAUAUCCUGGCUCACAGAUGGCGUGACUUUAGUCCCUGACCGUCAUAUCAAUCUCCUCAACGUGAACACCACUUUACAGUUUAGCUCGGUCCAGGUCAACAACACAGGACGAUACACCUGCAUGGCAAAUAAUGACGCUGGUCAAGCUAGCCGUCAUUUUAACCUCAAAGUUCUGGACCCUCCACACAUCAAGAGUUCUGGUUCACCAAAAGAAGUAUCUGUGGUGGUUAAUAAUGUCAUGGAGCUGGAGUGUGAAGCUACAGGUAUCCCGACACCCACUCUGACGUGGCUGAAGGAUGGUCGCCCACUCCUAGAGACAAGUGACCAGCACCUCCUCCGUGGAGGAGAGGUGCUUCGUGUAGCCUCAGCACAGCUGGAGAACACAGGCAGGUACAGCUGCUUAGCCAGCAGCCCAGCAGGAGAUGAUGGCAAAGAUUUUUUUGUUCGAGUGCAUGUUCCCCCUAACAUCGCGGGAGAAAACACGCCUCAGGAUCUGUCAGUCCUGCAGAACAGACAGGUAACUCUGGAGUGCAAGUCUGAUGCUGUUCCACCUCCAACUCUGACGUGGCUCAAAGACGGCAAAUUGCUGCAGACCUCUGCUCGUGUGCGUCUUCUCUCUGAUGGCCACUACUUACAGAUCAACAUGGCAGAGCUCUCUGACAGAGCUCAGUACACCUGUGUGGCGAGUAACGUUGUUGGGAAGACCACACGCCUGUUCAACCUGACUGUUAACGUACCUCCAGUUAUUAAGGACGGCGCCCAGACUGUGUCAGUCCAUAUCAACAAGCCAGCAGCUCUUGAAUGUGCAGUCAGUGGAGUGCCACCACCUCAGAUCACCUGGAGGAAAAAUGGAGCAAUGUUGGCUGAAAACAACCCCAGGUACAGAUUUACAGAGGAUGGGUUUUUAUACAUCCCCUCAGCUCAGGUAACCGACACUGGACGCUACCUGUGUAUGGCAACAAAUCAGGCUGGUACUCAACGCAAAAAAGUGGAUCUGCAAGUAUAUGUUCCUCCUUCAAUCUCUGACAGUCUUACCAAUGUGACGGUUUUUGUCAACGUUCAGACCACUUUACCUUGUGAGGCCACCGGCGUUCCCAAACCCACCGUCAGCUGGCAGAAAAAUGGUCGAUCCAUCAAUACUGAGCAGAAUCAGAAUAUGUACAGAUUGCUCUCAUCAGGCUCCCUGGUGAUUAUAGCUCCUACAGUGGAGGACACAGCAAUGUACAAAUGUGUGGUCUCUAACGAGGCUGGGAACGAUUCCAGAUCAAUCCAAUUUACUGUCAUUGUUCCUCCGUCCAUAGCAGAUGAACCAUCAGAGAUUGCUGUGACCACACUGUCCCCAGUGGUCAUUUCUUGUACUGCAACCGGUGUCCCAGAACCCACAAUCCACUGGAGCAAAGAUGGCCUGAAGCUCCCCAGUGAGGGACAGGGAUUCACUAUUCUACCAGCAGGACAAAUAGAAAUUUCCUCGGCUGAGCUUAGUCAUGCUGGACGCUACUCAUGCACAGCCAAAAACAUUGCAGGCUCCGCUCACCACCAUGUGCAACUUACAGUGCAAGAACCGCCAGUGAUUCAUUCUCAUCCAUCCACCCUGGAUGUGAUCAUCAACAGCCCCAUCACUCUGCCCUGCAGCGCCACCGGAUCACCCAGACCCACCAUCACCUGGCAGAAGGAGGGAAUCAACAUACCCACCACAGGUGGUAGUUUCACAAUUCUUCCUAAUGGAAGUCUCCAAAUCUUCAAGGCAUUAUUGUCAAAUUCUGGGGUGUACAUUUGUGUGGCUCAAAACCCUGCCGGCACUGCACUAGGCAAAACUAAACUCCGAGUGCAAGUUCCUCCAGUGAUCCGGUCAGAGACUCAGCACUAUGUGGCACCUGUGGACUCCUCUGUGACACUUCAGUGCCAAACUGAGGGCUCCCCUCCCCCCCUCAUCACAUGGCAUAAAGACGGGCAGCUAUUGAGUGGUGCCGUACAGCAGCGACUUCUCAGCUCAGGAUCCCUGCAGCUUGCCUUCGUUCAGCACAGUGAUGCUGGACGAUACACGUGCAUCGCAGCCAACGCAGCCGGCACCGUCAGCUUGAACAUGGGCCUCACUGUGCAGAUUCCUCCCUCUGUGCGUGGUGGAGACCAGGACGUUGUGGUUGUGGAAAACAGUCAUGCCCAGCUGAUGUGUGUGGCAGAGGGCAUCCCUCAACCCAAACUGUCCUGGGAAAAAAAUGGGAAUUUUAUCAGUGAAAGUACAGGGGAGUACACGAUUCUGCCGUCUGGGGAGCUGGUUAUUGACAGCGCUCAGCCUGAUGAUGCUGGAAGUUAUACCUGUGUGGCAACUAAUUCAGUGGGGCAGGACAGCCGGACGUUGACGCUGGCAGUUCAUACUCACCCCAUCUUCACUGAGCUGCUCGGGGAUGUCGCCCUCAACAAGGGAGAGCGACUCAUGCUGGUUUGUGGCGCAAGCGGCAUCCCACUACCCAGAAUCACAUGGACCGUCAACAAUAAAAUCAUCCCAGUCCAUUAUGAUCAUAUGAAUGGUCACAGUGAGCUUGUGAUUGAGAGAGUGACCAAAGAUGACUCUGGUACCUACGCCUGUUUGGCAGAAAACAGUGUGGGAACCAUUAAAUCACUGGGUUUUGUCUAUGUUAAAGAGCCUCCAAUCAUUGAUGGGGACCUUCACGCCAACCGAAUCGAACCUCUGGGUGGUAACGCCAUCCUGAGCUGCGAGGUACGAGGAGACCCGCCGCCAACCAUCCAGUGGAGCAAAAAUGGGAUAAACAUCCAGAUCAGCAACCGAAUCCGCCAACUUGACAAUGGCUCUCUGGCCAUCUAUGGCACAGUGAGUGAAGAUGCGGGCAGUUACAUGUGUGUAGCGACAAAUGAUGCUGGGGUGGUGGAAAGAAGUGUCACCCUAACACUGCAGAGUGCACCCACUAUAACCGUGGAGCCAGUUGCAACAGUGGUGGACGCUGGCACAACUAUUGUACUAAAUUGUCAGGCAGAGGGGGAACCAACACCUACAAUAAAGUGGUCUCGACAAGGACGUCCCCUACUGGUAAACGAUCGCUUCUCCACCUUGUCCAACAGUUCUCUCAGGAUCCUCAGCGCCCAGAAAGAGGACACGGCUGAAUAUGAAUGUGCAGCCGGAAACUUGCUUGGAUCCAUGCUGGUCAGGGCCACUCUCACUGUGCAAGUCCAUGGAGGAUACUCAGAGUGGGUAGAGUGGGGCCUCUGCAGUGUUUCCUGUGGUGCUGGCAUCCAGAAAAGGCUGAGGCACUGUAACAAUCCUUUACCUGCCAAUGGUGGCCGUCACUGUACAGGAGUUGACACAGAGACACGUAUUUGUCAGGGGAAACCAUGCCCAGUGGAAGGUAACUGGUCAGAAUGGUCUCCUUGGGAGGAGUGCUCACAAACCUGUGGCCAGGGCAACAGAACAAGGAUCCGGACAUGCAGUGAUCCACCAGCUCAACAUGGAGGCAGGUCAUGUGAGGGAAAGGCAGUGGAAGUCAUCAUGUGCAGUGUCAGGCCAUGUCCAGUUGCAGGUAAAUGGGGGUCUUGGCUACCUUGGAGUCCCUGCAGUGAAACCUGUGGUAAAGGCAUACAGUCCAGGAUCCGACUAUGCAACCACCCCCCUCCAGCUUUUGAUGGGCUGCAGUGUGAGGGAACAGACACACAGACACAAGUGUGCAAGGAGAGACUUUGUCCAGUGGAUGGAAAGUGGUCAUCGUGGAUUAGCUGGGGGGCCUGCAGUGUUUCAUGCGGGGGUGGAACCAGACAGCGAACACGUCUCUGUGCCAGCCCCGCUCCUCAACAUGGUGGCAGACAGUGUGAGGGGAACGAUGUGCAUACUGAUUUCUGUAACAGUGAUCCAUGUCCAAUCAGUGGUAACUGGGGUCCAUGGAGCAGCUGGGGCAGCUGCAGCAAAACAUGUAACGGAGGUCAGACAAGGCGUUACAGGACCUGUGACAACCCCAGGCCAGCUCAUGGGGGGAGAGCUUGUGCCGGUGCUGAUGUGCAGAUUCAGAGAUGCAGCUCUGCCAACUGCCCCGUUCAUGGAAGCUGGGGCUCGUGGCAGCCAUGGGGAGACUGCUCCUCUUCAUGUGGAGGCGGAGAGAAGACACGUGUCCGACUGUGUAACAGUCCAUCUCCCAGAGAUGGUGGUCGACCGUGUCCAGGAGACUCCACCCAGCUGUCCAGGUGCAACACACAGGCAUGUCCAGGUGGGCCACAGAGGGCUCGAGGAACCAUUACAGGAAACAUCAACGAUAUUGAGUUUGGCUUCGCCCUCCUUAAUGCCACCAUCACUGACACUGAGUCUGGCAGCAGAAUCAUAAAAGCUACCAUUUCAAAUGUACCAAGGACAUUGGGUCCUGCAAUGAGGAAACUCAUCUCCAUCUUGAACCCCAUUUAUUGGACCACUGCACAUGAAGUAGGAGAUGCUGUCAAUGGUUACACCCUAACAGGAGGUCUCUUCAGACGAGAGACUCAAGUGGAGUUUGCCUCAGGUGAAAUCCUGAAGAUGACUCAUAUUGCGAGGGGUCUGGACUCUGAUGGGGUGUUGCUCCUGGACAUUGUGGUGAAUGGUCACAUCCUCCAGCUGCCUUCACAUGUUGACAUCAACAUAAAGGACUACACUGAGGAUUACAUCCAGACUGGACCGGGCCAGCUGUACGCUCUGUCCACUCGUAUGUUCACCAUCAACGAGGAGACUGUGCCAUACUCUUGGAACCAUUCCAUCUCUUAUGAUCAGACGCGAGGAAAGAUGCCCUACCUGGUAGAAACGCUCCAUGCUACAGCCAUCAGUGCUCUCUAUCGCCAACUGGAGGAAGUGUUGGAGUACAGCAUCCAAGCUAGGAUCACUAAAGGUGAUCGUAGUAACCAGUGUCCUCAUGGCUUCAGUUUGGUGUCCGCUGGGCCUUACUGUGCUGAUGAUAAUGAAUGUGAAGUCAGGAACCCAUGUUCUCACAUUUGCCACAACGCCAUGGGCACCUACUACUGCUCCUGUCCACAAGGACUCACUAUCUCAGCCGAUGGCAGGACCUGCCAAGACAUCGAUGAGUGUUCACUGGGUGGGACUGUGUGCCAUGGUGGGCAAGACUGUGAAAACACCAUCGGCUCCUACAGAUGUGUGAUGCGCUGUGGUCACGGCUUCAGGAGAACUGCUGACGGUCUCAGCUGCACUGAUGUGGACGAAUGUCAGGAGUCCCAUCCAUGUGACCAACAUUGUUCAAAUACCAUAGGAAGUUAUCGAUGUGCCUGUGAUCCUGGCUUUCACUUCAGGAACAGACGAUGUUUAGAUAUAAACGAGUGCAAGCAGAGGGUUUGCCGCUCCGAUCAGCAGUGCAAAAACACGCGGGGUGGUUAUACGUGCAUCGACCUGUGUCCGAAUGGUAUGACCAAAGGUGGGAAUGGCACAUGUGUAGACAUCGAUGAAUGCAGAGACGGCACCCAUCGGUGCAGAUACAACCAGAUCUGUGAGAAUACCAGAGGCAGCUACCACUGUUCGUGUCCUCGGGGCUUUAGGUCUCAGGGAGUAGGGCGCCCCUGUGUCGACAUAAAUGAGUGUGAGUGGCUUCCACAGCCCUGUGCCCACCAGUGCAUCAACACACCUGGCAGCUUCAAGUGCACCUGCCCCCCAGGGCGCCACCUGCUGGGAGAUGGCAAGUCCUGCGCUGGGCUCGAGCGUCUGCCCAGCUACGAAAGUUAUUCGUACGGCUAUCGAACAUCUCAGUCCUCCACUGAACAGAGCCCGAACCAACGGUUGUACCACAGUUUGGCUUCUCACAGCUACCACUCCUACACAGCCGCCUCCAGAGGGCACUACAGAAGCCGCAGAGAGGCUCACAAACGCUCCUCAGAGCCAAAAGUGCUUGCAUGUGAGGAGGGUUUUGAACCCAGAGGUGACAACUGCUUAGAUAUCAAUGAAUGUGAAGUGAGGGACACCUGUCAGCACGAGUGCGUGAACACACCAGGAAGCCACAGGUGUUUCUGUCCUGCUGGGUACAACCUGAUGGCUAAUGGCAAGACGUGUCAAGACAUAGACGAGUGUCUGGUUCAGAACAUCCAAUGUGGAGUGAAUCGAGUGUGCUUCAACACGAGAGGAAGUUACCAGUGCAUUGACACUCCUUGUCCGCCAAACUACCAGAGAGAUCCAGCCACAGGGUUCUGCUUGAAGCACUGCCCUCCGAAUGACCUGGAGUGUGCGUUGAGUCCAUAUGCGCUGGAGUACAAGCUGCUGUCUGUUCCCUUCGGCAUCGCAGCCAACCAGGACCUUGUCAGGCUGGUGACCUACACGCAGGACGGCGUGAUUCACCCCAGGACCACCUUCCUAUUGGUGGACGAGGACGCCACGUUACCCUUUGGCCUACGAGAUCAGAACAUGAAGGGAGUUCUAUUCACCACAAAGCCGCUACGAGAGCCCCACACGUACCGGAUCAAGGUCCGAGCCGUCUUUUACAGCGAGGACGGAGGCAUCGAGUACCAAACAACCUUCAUCGUUUACAUCGCUGUCUCUGCCUACCCUUACUGAGAGCACUUUAAAUGACUUGAGAUGAAUGGGCGGUGAUCAAUUGACUUGCAGCUCCCCACGGUGGGACGAACAUGGUGCCAAUGAGAGGUUGAUGGUUUUGGAC